AUGUCCGAUCUACCCUUCUCCUGCGCUGUAGUAACCGGCGGCGGCGGCGGCCUAGGCAAAGCAAUCGCAUCCUACUUCCUCAGCAAAGGCAAAAAGGUCAUCAUCGCCGGUCGCACCGAAGCCACUCUCCGCGAGACGGCCAGAGAGAUCGGCGCGACAGACUACUUUGUCCUGGACACAGGCGUGACCAGCCAAAUCCCGCCAUUCAUCGACGCCGUGACGAAGAAAUACCCCGACCUGGACUGUCUGGUGAACAAUGCAGGCGUGCAACGACCUCUGCACGCGCUGAACGACGCACCGGCUGAUUACCUGCAAAAGGCAGACCAGGAAAUCGACAUUAACAUCCGCGGUCCGAUGCAUCUCACGCUGGGCUUGCUGGAGCAUUUCAAGAAUAUUCCCACCGGGGCAAUGGUUAUCAACGUCUCCUCUAUCCUGGCGUUCGUUCCAUUCUCUGUCAUCAACCCAGUCUACAACGGGACGAAAGCAUGGCUGCAUUUCUGGUCCAUGACGCUUCGUUCCCAGCUCUCUCGAGCCGGAUACGAGAAGAUCAAAGUGGUUGAGAUUGCGCCUCCAUCUGUGGGGACGGAUUUACAUCGUGACCGGGAAGAUCCCGAUGAUAACAAGAAGGACAAGAAUCCGAAUGCGCUGUCGGUGGAGGAGUUUAUGGAGGUUGUCUCUGUGGGAUUGGAGAGGGGAGAUGAGGUGAUUGCACCGGGGAUGAGCGAGGGGAUUGUCAGCAAGUGGUAUGAGGACUUUGGGGGGCUUUAUGAGCGUUUGUCUGGGGGGAAGUAG